AUGUCAGAAACAUACCCGAUCGGCACUCGCUCCGAGAGCGAACGUCUCGUUCGUGACUGGGGCUUCCGGCACGUCUUCACGUGGUCAGAUGGGAGCGGUGCUUAUUAUUCGCCUCAUACCCAUGGAGGCCUAACGACACAUCUUGUCCGUCGGGGUGCGAUGACUGUUUCCUAUCCGGAAGAUACUGCCAAGAAUGGCGGACAGGUUAAGAAAGAGACUUUCGGUGUUGGGGCUAGAGUUGAUGUGCCCGCUGGGAAGCUUCAUGAGGUUUGGAUUGGGGAUGAAGGGUGUGAUUAUGUUAUUGGGGAGUAG